GCUCGGAAGACGGCCCGUGACCCCGACAGAUGAACGGGACGUUAACCUUGAGGGGGCUACAUAUACCAUUGUGGUUUGCGGUCACUGAAAUUUCUAAGUAGCUUGUUUAUCUAAAUACCGGUUCAACAGCAAAGGAUUAUUAGGCAUCACCUCGUUUUAGCGAACAAAAUGACUACGACUCGGAACUACAACUGGCACCAAGUCAAGCCUGGAGUAUGGCAACGCCAUAUCGACGAAAUCGAACAAUUCUACUCGACGAUGGUUGUUCUCUACGAAGGAAGCGGUCGCAUGUUCUUUGGAAUAACAGGACAUGUUUCACUCUCCAUCAAGAACACCAGAGGCUUGUCGCAAGAUGACGCUGAGCUUGAAGUUGACAAAGCUUUGAGCAAAGCAUGGCUUGCACUCAGAUACGCUCACCCUACACUUGCAUCUCAAGUUACUCAGGACGUUGAGUCGGGAGAGUGGGUCAAGACUUAUAGAGAGCUGCAGGGAGAAGCAGAUAAGGACGCCUGGCUGGAGAGGACUCUUGUCCGUAUCUCCAACGGACAGACUGGUAAUCAGUGGGCUAACUCAGAUCCGCCUGCUCCAAGCCUCCCGACCAUGUUUGAUUUACAUCUUCCUGCUGAGCAAAGAGCUGAUGGUUCGAUGACCAUUCGCCGAGACCUUGUCUUCCGCUCUCCUCACGAUGUCAUCGACGGCAUUGGAACUCUCAUGAUGCUCAACAACUUCAUAUCCCUCGCCUCAGACGCUUACGAGAAGGGCAAUGCCUAUGAACCCCCAGCCCUCGAUGGCAGUGAGACUUCAAACCUGAGUCCGUCCUACCGAGUUGCCGCUCAAAUUCCCGAAACCCCGGAUCAGGCUCAACUGGAUAGACUUAAGCAGAUGGCUGCUCAAAAAGCCGCUGCCGCUUCCGAUCCCAGCGUGGACAUUCUUGCGCUUCCUUAUCGACAGGGCGAUUUACUUCCGGGUCGACACCAGCGCUUGGCACUCACUCUCACCAGAGAGGAAACGCAACAGCUACUGAAGGCGUGCAAGAUGGCUGGAGCUACGCCAACACAUGUCUUCCAUGCUGCAGCUGCUAUGGUCGUGCGAGACCUUCAGAAUAAACCUAUCACGACCAAGAGAGUUCGGUACAUCAACUACAUCCUACGCAACGAGCGCUCAAGUUGUCAAGAGCCAUACAACACGGCUCGACAUCCGGCGACUGUCUACCAUUCUGUCUCUGGCCAAAGUCUUGUCGUUGACAUGGAUCUCCACCCAGCUUCUAUAAAGCCAGACGCACAAACUCGCAAGAAGGAGUUCCUUUCGAUUCUUGAAACCGUCAAAGACUUCUAUCUCACAGUCAAACAAGACGAUGAAUUCUACGUCCUCGCUCCGACGAUGUUCUCCCAAGCUACCCCAUCUCUACCCUCUGGCCCUCGUCCCCUGCAUGUGCCGGAACCAAAUGCUCAUCCGUCCGUAUCGAUCUCGAGUAUGGGGCGUACUGACGCUAUCGUGGCACCGGAGGCGGGGGCGUUCGAAGCGAAAGACCCGUGGGUGACGGGUGAGGAACUAGGAAAUGGGUUGGGUUUGUUUCUUGGUACGUUCCAGGGAGAGCUGUGUUUGAGUGCUGCGUAUAAUGAUGCUUGGCACACGGAGACGGAUGCGAAAGAGUAUCUAGAGCGUUGUAAAGAUGUUGUGUUCUCAGGUCUUGGGAUCACUGAGCCAUGAGGUUAGUUCGGGGACGACGUCGGCGGAAAGGCAGAUCUGAGUUUGAGUGAGGUUAUCAGAACGUUCGAUAAUUUCCAUCUUACGUACAGGUUUCUCUGGGAUUGCGAACAGGCUUCAAUUCGUAUCAUGUCUUGAGUUGUCCAAUAUUCCUUUGAGUUCAGUCAUCAGAACAUUAGCUCAUGGGUAGACAAUGGGUUGUCAACUCAACCACAAUAUCUGUUUCUAGCGACAUGAUUUGCAGCCGAUUUCUUAUCUUGUCGUCGAUUUGAUAAGCGUCGCAUAUCAUGGUUGUUCGCGAUGGUUUGUUCACACCUGC